GGCGGCGAGGCGGGCGGCGCGGCGGGCGACAAGCGCGUGCCCAAGAUCGCCUCGGUGGUGGGCAUCCUGGGCCACCUGGCGUCGCGGCACGCCGGCAGCAUCAAGCAGGAGCUGCUGAGGAUGUUCCACGAGAGCCUGGGCUCGCCCCGCGAGCACCACAAGGCCACGGUGCCCUUCCUGCUGCAGCUGGCGCUGAUGUCGCCCGCGCUGCUGGCCGCCGUCUCGCCCGAGCUGGUGGACUCGCUGAAGCCGCCGGUGCUCAACCAGCUGCACCAGCACUUCUCGGCCGUGCCCAGGGACGAGCUGGAGGGCGUGGUGGGCGUGGUGGUGCACCUGCUGUGCCACACCUCGGCCGGCGCGCUGCGGACGCUGCGCUUCCUGCUGGCCACGGCCGCGCCCGCCUCGGUGAUCACGGCGCCGGGCCCGGCGCUGCACGAGGGCGUGCGCGAGGCCUGCGAGCGCCUGCUGCAGCUGCUGCUGCUGCACCUGCAGAAGCUGGUGCACGGCCGCGGCUCCGCCAGCCUGGCCGAGUGCCCGGCGCGCCCGGUGCCGUUCCUGGAGGCGCUGCGGCCGCACGUGCGCGAGCUGUGCCAGGACACGCUGCGGCUGGAGCGGCGCCGCUGCCUGUGGCAGCACCAGCUGCUGGCGCUGCUGGCGGUGCACUCGGCGCCGCACGGCGCGGCCGAGGCGCUCUUCUUCCUGCUGGCGCUGGCCCGCACGCCCGAGGAGCUGGCGCUGGCGCCGCAGCUGGUCUGGAGGAGUUCAGGAGGUCCCGGGGGUGUUUUCGGGGGUCCCGAGGGUCCUUAA